ACAUUUAAUUCGAAAAGAAACAAACUGAUGAAGGGUAAAAUUGUCAUUUCAGAAAGAGCUCGAAAAACUUUCAAGUUUCAUCCAAUCUCCUUUGUCAUUGAAAAGUUAGCUUUCUCAGACACCCAUGAAUAUCUCUAUAGAAUAUCUUCUGCUCUUUCUCAAUUAAUGAACCACAUAGAUAAAUAUUCAUGGAAUCAAUUAAUUUUCCGGGAAAGUGAUUUUCUAGCUACCCAAACACUUCAAAGAAAAAUGUUGCCAAAGCCACCACUUCCCACCAUUGUUUUUCUUCUUUCCUUGACCUUUCUUGUAAUGAUCUCGAAUGCCAAUCUUACUCCAAAUUUUGAAACGUACGAAACCCAUGUCCAGGUAAGUGCUUACAGUUCAAAAUUACAGAGACACAGAAGAACAAGUUCUUAUUCCUUAUAUGGGUCUUCCGAGAUUUCCGACCCUCGGAAGCGUGUUCAGAGUUCAGUCCCAUCUGAAACGACGAGGCAAAUUGAGGAACUGGUCUCGACCAAGGUCUUAAUGGAAGCAAAUACAACAAUCUUCAGCAAGAACAAUACGUUUCAGCUUGGGUUUUUCACUCCGGAUGGGAGUCGGCACUAUCUGGGUAUUUGUUAUCGUUUAAUUUCACCGCCGACCUACAUUUGGGUUGCGAACCGAGAGAGACCCAUUAAGAAUAUAUCGACUUCGACCUUGGAAAUCACUGAGACUGGACGAUUGGUGGUCAAGGAUUCCGUUGGUUCGCUCGUGUGGCAGAGCACGAAUCGCGAAAUUGGGACAUCCCUCAAUCUCUUGGAGAAUGGUAACCUGGUUCUUUUCACCAGCGAAGGCACGGUUUCGUGGCAGAGCUUCGACUAUCCGACUGACACGUGGCUUCCGGGAAUGAACCUCACCACGGCAAAGAGCUUGAUUAGUUGGCGGAGCUCAUCGGACCCUUCUCCGGGUUUGUACUCUUUGAGACUCAGACCCGACUACAGCGAGUUCGAGCUCGUCUUCAAUGGUAGUAUACCUUACUGGAGCACCGGAAAUUGGACCGGCAAGACUUUCUCCAAUGUUCCAGAGAUGACGGUGCCGUACAUAUACAGGUUCCAUUUUGACAACCCUUUCAUGGCAACUGCGUCGUUUGGGUUUGCGGAGACGGCGUUGGACGGGUUGAGUCCGCCGCUGACCCGGUUCCAACUGCAUUAUUUGGGUCAGCUCAAGCAGAACACAUGGUCGCCGCAGGUAGAGAAUUGGAACGUGUUCUGGCUUGAGCCCCGCAACACGUGCCUGGUCUUUGGUUCGUGUGGAAAGUUUGGGCUCUGCGAUAGCCUAACUGAGAAAUGUAAUUGCCUCUCUGGUUUUGAACCCAUUAAUAAGUUAAAUUGGGAGUCAUCUAGGGAUUACUCUGAUGGUUGUCACCGUGUGAACGACGCUGUUUCUUGUGAAGAAAAAGCUGAUGAUAGGUUUGAACAGGUUGGUAUUGCGAGCUUAGACGAUAAUCGAGAAACUGAAGUUGAGUCUUUUAACUCUAGACUUGAUCUCUGUCAAAAGGCUUGCUUGGAAAAUUGCACUUGUGUUGGUGUGUACUAUGAUGAGAGGACUAAUUUGUGUAAACAUUUAUUUGGGUCUCUCUUUAACUUGAGAAAUUUGACCUCUGAUAACAUGAAUUUGGAAGUAGUCCAUGUAAGGGUAGGGAAAGGAGGUAUUCUAAAGAAGAAGAAAAGGCAUUUCAAUCCUGUAGUUUUGGCUGCUAUCAUUGUUGGGUCGAUUGCGGUUCUGGGAUUCGUAAUGGUAGGUGUGUUAUUUUUCAAGAGAUUAAAACGGCGGAAGACAGUAGAAGAAGACGGCGACUUCCCAGUAUUGACUUUGAAAGUGUUUACUUAUAAAGAGCUUCAUCAGAUUACAAGGGGUUUCUCGGAAAAAAUAGGCCAUGGUGGUUUUGGAGCAGUUUUCCAAGGAAAGUUACUAUCGGAUUCCACUACCCUUGUUGCCGUGAAACGCCUCGAGAGGCCAGGCAGUGGAGAGAAAGAGUUCCGAGCUGAGGUUUGCACUAUUGGGAACAUUCAGCAUGUCAAUCUUGUGAGACUUAGAGGAUUUUGCUCGGAAGAUUCUCAUAGACUUUUGGUUUAUGAUUACAUGCCAAACAGUUCUCUGAGUGUUUACUUACGCAAAGAAGGUCCAAUCUUGAGUUGGGAAUCGAGAUUUAAGGUGGCCAUUGGUACGGCCAGAGGUAUUGCUUAUCUCCAUGAAGAAUGUAGAGAUUGCAUCAUUCAUUGUGAUAUCAAACCAGAAAAUAUUUUGCUUGACAGUGAUUACACACCUAAAGUUUCAGAUUUUGGGUUGGCAAAGCUACUUGGCAGGGACUUUAGCAGGGUUUUAGCCACAAUGAGGGGUACGUGGGGCUACGUUGCCCCAGAAUGGAUAUCAGGCGUGGCAAUCACAACCAAGGCUGAUGUUUAUAGUUACGGAAUGACAUUGAUAGAACUAAUUGGUGGCCGUCGUAAUGUGGAAGCACUGCCAUCUGCUGGCGGCAAAGAAGGCAGAGGACCAACAGCCGACAAAUGGUUCUUUCCUCCAUGGGCUGCACGCCAGAUAAUCGAGGGCAAUGUGGCGGCAGUGAUUGAUCACAGGCUUGGUGGGGCGUAUGAUGUUGAUCAAGCAAGACGUGUUGCAUUGGUGGCAGUGUGGUGCAUACAGGAUGAUGAAGCAAUUAGACCUACAAUGGGGACGGUGGUGAAGAUGUUGGAAGGACUUGUGGAAGUGACUGUUCCUCCAUCUCCAAAAUUGUUGCAAGCACUGGUUUCAGGGGAGUCUUUUCAUGGAGUUAAUACUAAUUCUGGAAGUGGCGGCGGGGUACCUACUGGCACUGGUAGCGGCAUCCCCCCUCUGAAUAUUCGAUUAUCAAAUGCUGGUGCUGAAUCAUCUCUUGGUAAUGCCUCUUCUUCCCCUGUAAAUGCAAAUACGAAUGAACCCCAUGAAGUUCAUGAGCUUCAUAUACCAAAGGUAUAUGCACAUACAAUAUAGUAGCUUUCUUCCUCUUGUAAAAAUGGAGUUAUAUAAAAAAAAAGUGAUUUGCUGUA